AUGCCAGAAAACAAUUCCAAACGAGAAUCGGGAACGAAGCAUUCCAAUGCAUGGGUGGAAUCAUCAUUUACGGCCGAACCGCCUUCUACGACCAAAAGACGGCGUGUAGAUAAUACAACUCAUGACACCCCAGUGGCCAGAGUUAAACCCAAGGCGCCCACUUGGGUUGCUUCUGAAUUUCAGGCCCAGGCCUCUCCUACCAAGCCUCAUGUCCGCCCACCACCACCCCGACCCAAGGACCCUGGCAGCGCCCGAAUUGCCACAAAUCCCACAUUUCAGUUCACCGAUCCCAAUGUGUCGUUCGAUCCCCAGGCCACAAAACAGAUCUCAGCCAGGCCGCUUUCCGUACAAGCCAUACCACCUUUCUUACCAAAAGGGCUCACGGACAAGUCCAUUCAUCGAACUCAUGACCCGGCCCUAUUCCACAUUCAAACGCCUAUAUUUCAGACUAAAAUUCAGUCGUCUGCCGCAGUUGGUGAUUUGAUAGUGCAAAAAGAGGUUAUUCCAAUGCCCCCUCCGCCGCGUAUAGAAUCCAAGAUAAUAACAGUACCGGAUACAUCUACGUUCGUCGACAGGGAAUACGUAGCUUUGACCGACCUGGCCACGCCGCGAGUAUUCGAAAACGUGACUGUCACAUCGCGUAAAGGUAAGGAAUGUAUAGUCAGCAACGACGGCAAUCCCCCGAUAUCGGACGUCCCGGCCGUCGAAGAGUCCACGAAAACAGCAGAGGGCGAGACCGAGGCGUUUGGAAUGAAUGGCUUAUCCCUGGUACUGGAUCGAGAUACAAGCCACGUUGGGAAUUCAAACAAUUCGGGACGCAAGUUGACCAGCAAGUUUAUCAAGGGUGGACUCGCAGCACGUGCAUUGAUGGUGAUCAGCCAACGCGAAAAAGACGAUGCGCUAUGGCACCACUAUCAAACGGCCAAAUUAAGCAAGAGCUCUAAUGUCAGGGCAGACCUACAGGUGCAUGCUGUGAAAUUUAUGCAGCGAGUCGGGGACUCGCUUCUGUUACGGUGCACACUGCCCCCAGGCGAAACCAUCAAUGCUACCCGAAGCUUGGUGGUGAGCAGAGACGUGGGCAAUACCCUUGUCGAACCUGUCUCCGUAUAUAUCCUACUCUCACAGCCGGGUACGAAGGAUCUUCCGGUCGUAGAGCCAAACGCAGUUAUCAGGCUUUGGAAGCCAUGGAUUGAGAUUAACCUUGACAGUGUAUCACGGGCAUUACCGACAUUACCUACAAGCCAAGUAGGCGAUAAGGAGCAGGAAACCCCAGUAGUCGUGGGUGACGGUACCGACGCGACAAGAGAACGUUCUGUAGACACGCAUCGGCAUCCAGAACCACCAAGAUCGUAUGGCGAAAUUUCCGCGCCUGAUCGUCGCCCCCAAAUUGCCUUGUUAUGCUCACGCUUCAUCACUUUGUAUAGAGAUCUUUAUGAAUACAACAAGGCUAACGUUUGGGCAUUUGCAAGAUUUGAACUGUCCGAGGGAUCUCGUAGAGGUGUUGCUCAAAUGAACACCGUCUCAGGUCGAGAUACUGGCGCACCUUGUGACACUCCCCGAUUUUCUUUAAUUUCAGCCGAACGGCGCCGGACUAUAUGCACCAAGCUUGUUUCGCGAGAACUGUGGGAAGGCACUUUCCGGCACGUUCGGAUGGAUCCCCCUGGAACUGCGCGAGCGAAGUCGGGUCUGGCUUUAAAAAAGGACUCGCGUCUUGGGUUGGAUAAUGCAUAUGAGACGGUUCGAAGAUCUCCCAAGAGGGAUGGACAUGGCCAGGAACAAGAGACAAAGAGGGAGACCCAAACCCCACCCCAACUUGCACACUUCACCCCCGACCACUCUGGUGCCAAACAUGUACACUCCACUACGCGUUCCUCCCCCAAUAACGAUGAUGAUAAGAGCCCUGAAGUCUGGUCUAGGCUGGGAAUACGGGCGGAACUUGAACGUUUGGAUAAUUUUCAGUUCCCAGCUGAGCGGGUUAGGGCUCUCGGCUCCGAGGAUGAAUGCCGCCGGGAUACAUGGUUUAGAGCCGCCGGUUUGCGCGAGGAGUGUUUGCUACGAGAGAAUGGGCGAAUGCCGUCUGAAAACUUUUGGCUGUGA